AUGGCGUCCCCCAUGCGAUCUCUCGCGUCAGCCUUCAGUCGCCGCCUCGUCGGCCCGCAAUCAUCGGCUCUUUCGCUUCGAGGAGGCGCGGGAGCGCGACUCGGUUUCGGACGUCCACCAGCUUCCGAGCUACCAGAGAGCGAUGAGCUGACAUGGUAUGAUGGCACGCCCAACCCCGAGACGGCUACAGACACCAUCCUGCCAAACCUUCCAUCUACCACGGCGCUGCAAUGGCUAGCAGCAGGCCUGUCAGUGUUCGCUCUGGUGGGUCUUGCUGCAGUGGUCAACGACAAGCCCUCUCGAAUCCCCUGGGCGCCCCGUGAGUUCCCAUACGAUGAUGGUCUUCCCGAGUGCACCAAGGACAAGCUGCCUGCUUGA